AUGGUUGUUAGUAAAAGGAUUGCCUCUUCCUUUCCUUCUUUAAAUCAUCUGCCUAAUAUUUGUUGUCUCUGUUGCCUCCUUCUUUGCCUUCCUCUUCUUUGCCUUCCUCUUCUUUGCCACUUUUGCCUUUGUUGCCUCUCCGCCUUCUUCUUUGCCUUUGCCACUUUUGCCUUUGUUGCCUCUCUCGCCUUCAUCUUUGCCUUCCUCUUCUUUGCCACUUUUGACUUUGUUGCCUCUCUCGCCUUCUUCUUUGCCUUUGCCACUUUUGCCUUUGUGGCCUCUGUUGCCUCCUUCUUUGCCUUCCUCUUUGCCAUUUUUGCCUUUGUUGCCUCUGUUGCCUUCUUCUUUGCCUUCCUCUUCUUUGCCACUUUUGCCUUUGUUGCCUCCUUCUUUGCCUUCCUCUUCUUUGCCACUUUUGCCUUUGUUGCCUCCUUCUUUGCCUUCCUCUUCUUUGCCACUUUUGCCUUUGUUGCCUCCUUCUUUGCCUUCCUCUUCUUUGCCACUUUUGCCUUUGUUGCCUCUGUUGCCUUCUUCUUACUCUUAUUCACUACUUCCUUCUUUGAUUUAUUUUUCUUUGCCUCCUUUGCAUUCUUCUUCUUCUUCUUCUUCUUCUUCUUCUUAUUAUUAUUUGCCUCCUUUGCCUUCUUGUUCGUAUUUGCCUCCUUUACCUUCUUUUUCUUUGCUUUUUUUGUCUUCUUCUUCUUUGUCAUCUUUUUCUUCAUGUUGACUUUUUUCUUAAUAUUUCUUUCUUCGUUGUCCUUGUUGUUCUACUUUUCCUUCUCUUUAUUUGCCACCUUUGUCAUCUACUUCUUCUUUGCCUCCUUUGCCCUCUGCUUCUUUGCCUUCUUUUUCUACUUGUCUCUCUUCUUCUUCCUUGCCUUCUUCGUCUUUACCUCCUUCUUCUUCUUUUUUUGUUUUACUCUCAUGCUUCAAUUUUUCCUAUUUUUAUUCUUUUUCUUAUUCUCUUUAUUCUUCUGCCACUGUGCCAUCUUUUUCGCCUUCUUCUUCUUUUUCGCCUUCUUCUUCUUUUUCGCCUUCUUCUUCUUCUUCUUUGCCCUCUUCUUCAUCAGUCACUAUGUUUCCGUUUCGUUCUUUUUCUUCUUUUCAUUUUGUUUUUGA